ACUGAAUCCACCAGCGGUUGUUCUGCACUGAGCUUCAGCAGAGAAAGAAUACAUCAAGAUGUGUGACGACGACGAGACUACCGCCCUUGUGUGCGACAACGGUUCCGGCCUGGUGAAGGCUGGCUUUGCUGGUGAUGACGCCCCCAGAGCCGUCUUCCCCUCCAUCGUUGGUCGCCCCCGUCACCAGGGUGUCAUGGUGGGUAUGGGUCAGAAGGACUCAUACGUAGGAGAUGAAGCUCAGAGCAAGAGGGGUAUCCUCACUCUGAAAUAUCCCAUCGAGCACGGCAUCAUUACCAACUGGGACGACAUGGAGAAGAUCUGGCACCACACCUUCUACAAUGAGCUCCGUGUUGCCCCUGAAGAGCACCCAACUCUGCUGACUGAGGCCCCUCUGAACCCCAAGGCUAACCGUGAGAAGAUGACCCAGAUCAUGUUUGAGACCUUCAACGUCCCAGCCAUGUAUGUGGCCAUUCAGGCUGUGCUGUCCCUCUACGCUUCUGGCCGUACCACUGGUAUCGUGCUGGACUCUGGUGAUGGUGUGUCCCACAAUGUCCCCAUCUAUGAGGGUUAUGCUCUGCCACACGCCAUCAUGCGUUUGGAUCUGGCUGGUCGUGAUCUUACCGACUACCUCAUGAAGAUCUUGACUGAGCGCGGUUAUUCUUUCGUCACAACCGCUGAGCGUGAGAUUGUGCGUGACAUCAAGGAGAAGCUGUGCUAUGUGGCUCUGGACUUUGAGAAUGAGAUGGCCACCGCUGCCUCUUCCUCCUCCCUGGAGAAGAGCUACGAGCUGCCCGACGGCCAAGUCAUCACCAUUGGAAAUGAGCGUUUCCGCUGCCCAGAGACCCUCUUCCAGCCUUCCUUCAUUGGUAUGGAGUCUGCUGGCAUCCAUGAAACCGCCUACAACAGCAUCAUGAAGUGCGACAUUGACAUCAGGAAGGAUCUGUAUGCCAACAAUGUCUUGUCUGGUGGUACCACCAUGUACCCAGGUAUUGCUGACCGUAUGCAGAAGGAGAUCACCGCUCUGGCCCCCAGCACAAUGAAGAUCAAGAUCAUCGCCCCACCUGAGCGUAAAUACUCCGUAUGGAUCGGUGGCUCCAUCUUGGCUUCCCUGUCCACCUUCCAGCAGAUGUGGAUCACCAAGCAGGAAUACGAUGAGGCAGGUCCCAGCAUUGUCCACCGCAAGUGCUUCUAAAUUCAUCGGCUGCAUCUGUCUUCUGUGGAUCACACAAUAAUGGAGAAUACAUUCAAAAUUAUGGGACAGCUUUGGGACAGAUUUCUACAUGUUAUUCGAAGAACAUACCCUUGAGUAACAAGCAGGAACAGGACGAGGCAGGACCAGCACUGUCCAAGAAAUCAAUCACACAAUCAACAUCCAGAAGACCAUUAAACCAUGAUAUCCAUCAUGAGACUGUAAUCUGUACAUAAAUAGUCAUUAAUUUAUUAAAGUCCAUCAUUUAGAUUUUUGUGACGCAUAUGUGUUAAUAAAUUGUUCAGAUUGAAAAAAA